AUGGGUAAUCAAUGGCUCUGUAACCUUACGAACACAGGCUUGGGGAAAGAGACUCUUCUCCCUAGAAGAAUCUCUACGGCCUCUGCAGGAAGCUGGAUGAUCAGUAGCUCUGCCAUAAACAUAAGCAAGGAAAUAUACGGUGCAGGUGCCAAAGCCCUCAUUGACUAUGAGAACUCAAACGAAGCUCUGGAUGAGGCCCGGUUAAAGAGCAAAGAUGUCAAGUUGGCUGAGGCACACCAGCAGGAGUGCUGCCAGAAAUUUGAACAACUUUCCAAAUCUGCAAAAGAAGAGCUGAUAAAUUUCAAACGGAAGAGAGUGGCAGCAUUUAGAAAGAAUCUAAUUGAAAUGUCUGAACUGGAAAUAAGACAUGCCAGGAACAAUGUCUCCUUUUUGCAGAGCUGUAUUGACUUGUUCAAGAAUAACUGAUAUGCCUUCACUCAGAAGAAAAGAAACGAAUGUGAAAGAAAGCCAAG